AUGGCCAACUCAGUCAACUUGACAGCACUUACUCCACGCGAAGCCGUUGCAGACGCUCUCUACCGCUGCGUCCUUGGUAUUGACACCAACGACCAAGAGCUUUUCGAGUCGGCCUGCUUAAAGAAUGAGAGCAUGACUUUUGUCGCUGGUCCUGUCAACAUCGAGGGUUGGACCGCUGUCAACGAGCUGACUCAGAAAGCAUUCGCCGUAGUCACCACGCAUAUCAUCAGCAACAUCCGCAUUGAGCUAAAGGACGGCGCGGACACGGCGUCCAUGACCGCACACGCAAUUUCGUAUCAUGUACGACCGGAAGAUACGCUGAAGCCGGAGGACACCUCGUAUACAGCCGGAUCGCUGUACAACUUAGGUCUUGCUAGGGACGGUGACGAUGGCUUGUGGAAGAUCAAGAAGUGGGAGGUCAAGAUCCUAUGGACUACGGGCGACAAAGCAGUCCUCCAUGGAUAA